CGUGCUCCUCACUUGACUUUGUGUCCGGCAAGCAGUCCCAGAGCCAGGAGGCGGAGGGCACCCUGGGCCCAGCCCACACCCCUCUUCAGGGGGUCUGAUGCCCACCACCUCUGACUGCUGACCUCCCUCGGGGCCCAGGAGGCACCAUGUGGCGCUGUCCAAUGGGGCUGCUGCUGUUGUUUCUGCUGGCUGGCCAGGUAGCCCUGGGUGCCCGGCAGGGUCGCUGGCGCCGGGAGCUGGCCCCAGGGCUGCACCUGCGUGGCAUCCGGGAUGCAGAAGGCUCAUACUGCCAGAAGCAGGACCUGUGCUGCCAUGGCCGCGUUGACGACUGCUCCCUGCCCUACCUGGGAGCCACCUGUUACUGUGAUCUCUUCUGCAACCGUACUGUCUCCGAUUGCUGCCCUGACUUCUGGGACUUCUGCCUCGGCGUGGCACCCCCUUUCCCCCCAGUCCAAGGAUGUAUGCACGGGGGUCGCAUCUACCCAGUCUUUGGGACGUACUGGGACAACUGUAACCGUUGCACCUGCCAGGAGAAAGGGCAGUGGGAGUGUGACCAGGAGCCAUGCCUAGUGGACCCAGACAUGAUCGCCGCCAUCAACCAGGGCAACUACGGGUGGCAGGCUGGGAACCACAGCGCCUUCUGGGGGAUGACACUGGACUCGGGCAUUCGCUACCGCCUGGGCACCAUCCGCCCAUCUUCCUCUGUCAUGAACAUGAAUGAGAUUUACACGGUGCUGGCCCCGGGGGAGGUGCUGCCCAAGGCCUUCGAGGCUUCUAAGAAGUGGCCCAACAUGAUCCAUGACCCACUUGACCAGGGCAACUGUGCAGGCUCCUGGGCCUUCUCCACAGCAGCUGUGGCAUCUGAUCGAGUCUCAAUCCACUCUAUGGGACACAUGACGCCCGUCCUGUCACCCCAGAACCUGCUGUCCUGUGACACCCACCACCAGCAGGGCUGUCAAGGCGGGCGCCUUGAUGGUGCCUGGUGGUUCCUGCGCCGUCGAGGGGUGGUAUCUGACCACUGCUAUCCAUUCUCUGGCCAUGAGCAGGCCGAGGCUGGCCCAGCAACCCCCUGCAUGAUGCACAGCCGGGCCAUGGGCCGGGGUAAGCGCCAGGCCACUCGUCGCUGCCCUAAUAGCCACGAUGAUGCUAAUGAAAUCUACCAGGUCACUCCUGCCUACCGCCUGGGUUCCGAUGAGAAGGAGAUCAUGAAGGAGCUGAUGGAGAAUGGUCCCGUCCAAGCACUCAUGGAGGUGUAUGAGGACUUCUUCCUGUACAAGAGCGGCAUCUACAGCCACACACUUGUGAGCAUGGGGAGGCCGGAGCAAUACCGGCGACAUGGGACCCACUCGGUCAAGAUCACAGGGUGGGGAGAGGAGAUGCUGCCUGAUGGAAGGACACUCAAAUACUGGACUGCGGCCAACUCGUGGGGCCCAUCCUGGGGUGAAAGGGGCUACUUCCGCAUCCUUCGAGGCAGCAACGAGUGUGACAUCGAGAGUUUCGUGCUGGGCGUCUGGGGCCGCGUGGGCAUGGAGGACAUGGGUCAUCGCUGACGUCUCGGGCACUAGGCCAAGCCAGGCCUGGCCCGGGGUCUUGGCAGACAGCAGCGGUAGAAGAGCCCCCAGGGGGCGCAGCGCUCAGGGGCCAGACAGAGCCUGGGGCGCAGGCGGCGCCGGCUCUAAUCCCACAGAUCGGCUGACACCGCACCGCGAGGGGCCUGCGAGUUGGGCCUGGGAGCAGGGCGGGCAAGGCCCAGAUUUCCCGAGAUGAUGCAGCAGAGCCUGCCCAGGGAGGAGGGGCCUGCAGAUUCCAGACCUCUGGCUCCCCAGCCAAAGACCACGGAAGCCAGGCACCCCCAAUCUCCAGGUCCACUCCCUCACCCCAUUCCUGUAUUCUUAUUCUUCAAAGAUAUUUAUUUUCCUUUUCACUGUUUAAAAUAAAACCAAAGUAUUGAUAACUACA